GUAGGCGUAUAGUUCUUCGCCAAAAAGAAAGUAUAGGCAUAUAGUUGCAGUGGUAUGUUCGAACGGAAUUGGAACGGCGCAGCUACCAUUUUGCCAGAAAUAGUGGGGACGACGGGGGAGGGAGGGACAGAGACAGGCAGGCCCGCCAUGCAUGCGUGAGCCCAGCAGCUUGCAAUCACCACCUUUCUUCUUCCUCCCUCCUCCCCCCGCCUUCUCCCCGCCCUCCGCAAUCUCCCAAGGCCGCCGUCUCCGAGGUAAGCUUCUUCUAUCAGAUCACUCAUCCAUGCGCUGCGGUUGAAACAGCUUCAUCCGCUUGAUAAUUUCUUGAUCCUUCCGUCGUGUGCGUGCAUGAAUUGUUCUUGAUCAAUCCGCUGUUCUUGGCCAUUGGAUUCUGCAAUUAUUCAAGAAGCUUCUCGCCUCGAGUUCUUGUUUCGUCCCUGUGUAAAAGGGAUUGAUUCAUUAUCAUCGGUUAUUGAAAGUGCUUGGUUAAUCUGCUAAAUGUUUGUUUUAAUCUGGAGGAUCCCCGUGUGGAGGUGAAAAAAGAUGAAAAUAUUUUCUUGGUUGAUCUCGGCAUUGAUCGAUGUGUUGAUGGAUCGCCCAGGCCGGUGCUAGCUGCAGGGGCGCUCGGCCCGUCCGUAGCAGCUGCCGCUGCUGCAAGACAGCAACGCGCGAGGGCACCGCCGCGGAUCCUACAUGUCCUCCGCAGCCGUGACGCCCACGGCAGGCGGCGUCGCCGCCGCGAUGGACGGCGGCGAAGGCGCCGCGGCUCGCACGCCGUCGCUGCGGCACCGCGCGAUGAGCGCGUCGUCGAAGCUGCUGCGGAGCUCGCUGAGCCGCAAGUCGAUGGGCCGGCGCAGCAGCAAGGUGAUGUCGGUGUCGAUCGAGGACGUGCGCGACGCGGAGGAGAUGAAGCAGGUGGACGCGUUCCGGCAGACGCUGGUGCUGGAGGAGCUCCUCCCCGCCCGCCACGACGAUUACCACAUGAUGCUCCGCUUCCUCCGCGCCCGCAAGUUCGACAUCGAGAAGUCCAAGCAGAUGUGGUCCGACAUGCUCCAAUGGCGCAAGGAGUUCGGCUCCGACACCAUCAUGGACGACUUCGUGUUCGAGGAGCUGGACCAGGUGCUGGAGCACUACCCGCAGGGGCACCACGGCGUGGACAAGGACGGCCGGCCGGUGUACAUGGAGAAGCUGGGGCAGAUCGACACGACCAAGCUCCUGCAGGUCACCAGCAUGGACCGCUACGUCCAGUACCACGUCAGGGAGUUCGAGCGCGCCUUCGCCGUCAAGUUCCCCGCCUGCUCCAUCGCCGCCAAGAAGCACAUCGACCAGAGCACCACCAUCCUCGACGUCUCCGGAGUGGGGUACAAGAACUUCAACAAGGCUGCAAGGGACCUCAUCGGCCGCCUCCAGAAGAUCGACGGAGACAACUACCCAGAGACGCUGUGCCGGAUGUUCAUCAUCAAUGCCGGGCAGGGGUUCAGGCUCCUCUGGAACACCGUCAAGUCCUUCCUUGACCCCAAGACCACGGCCAAGAUCCAUGUCCUCGGCAACAAGUACCAGAGCAAGCUGCUGGAAGUGAUUGAUGCCAGCGAAUUGCCUGAGUUUCUCGGCGGCACUUGCAACUGCGAAGGUGGCUGCAUGCGCUCUGACAAAGGGCCGUGGAAGGACCCUGAAAUCCUCAAGAUGGUCCAGUGCGGCAUGGGGCGGUGCGGGAUGAACAGCGCGGACCCCCGUGAGGCCGACGAGAAGAUGAUCACCGAGGACGAAAUAGUGCCCGUUCCCAAGAAGCAGGAGUCCAUGCGCCGCGCCGCCGACUCCCCCAAGAUCGCGCGCGACAAGAUCGAGCACCCGCAGAUGUCCCCCCUCCAUGAGAUGAAAACUGCGGAGCACCCGGCUCCUCCUGGCAAAGAGGGUUACGACAACAACCUCUUCCAUGGCGUCGACUGGAGCGGCGAGGUCAGCGAGGAGAAGCUUCAGAUCGCGCGAGACAUGUACGCGCAGCUGCCGGACGCGUACAAGCAGGGCGACCCGGGGGACCGGCAGGUGGUGUCGGGGUUCAUGGCGCUGGUGAUGGGGGUGGUGGCCAUGUUCCGGGUGGGCAAGAUCGCGCCGAAGCGGGCCAUGGACGCGGCGAUGGGCAUCGCGACCAUGGAGGCGAUGGCGAAGAAGACGCGGCAGAUGCAGCUGCAGCAGCAGCAGCUGGCGGGGCCGGACGCGGUGGUGGUGUCGGCGGCGCAGUACCAGGCGCUGGUCAAGCGGCUCGACGACCUGGAGGGGAAGGUGGCCGCGCUGGCAGCGCGGCCGCCGGAGAUGCCCCCCGAGCAGGAGGAGAUGCUCAAGGCCGCCGUCUCCCGCGUCGAGGCCCUCGAGACCGAGCUCGAGAACACCAAGAAGCUUCUGGAGACGUCUGUUGGCCAGCAGGAGGAGGUCCUGGCUUACAUCGAGAAGAAGAAGAAGAAGCGAGGAAUGCAAAACCCGUUCCGCUGGUGAAGGGGGAUGAUCAUCCGUCAGUGACCCUGGGGAGUGGAUCGCCGCGAGCAACGCCCGUCGCCUCCUUGCGCUUGUGCCCCCGUGACUUUGUUACCUGUGUUCCCUCCUAC